CGGCGGCGGGUGAAGGCGUGGUGAGUUUGGCUCCAUACGAGGCGAGUGUGCGCUGUUGUAGUACCGGGUGAUGAGCAUGGGCAGCGGCUGCACGGCGGCUUUCCUUCCUGCCAGGAGCGGUUGUGGACAAAGCUGAACGGGGCUGGUCAAAUAUGCAGGGGAGCAUCUUGAUGAUCAAUACCUAAAGCGGGAUACAAGAAGUACAAAGAUGACUGAGGGCAGACUGUGCCAAGUUCAGCUGCUGGAUGACAGGAAGCUAGAGCUGCUGGUUCAGCCAAAGCUACUGUCGUACGAGCUCCUUGACUUGGUGUCCUCCCACUUCAACCUCAAAGAGAAGGAAUUCUUUGGACUUGCAUUUUUUAAUGACAAUGGUCAGUGUAAGUGGUUGCAGAUGGACCGCAGAGUUCUUGAACACGACUUUUCAAAGAGGCCGGGGGCCAUCGCCCUUAACUUCCUGGUCAGGUUUUAUGUAGAAAACAUAACCCAGCUAAAGGACAUCAUCACAGUGGAGUUAUUCUACCUGAAUGCAAAAUCUGCUGUCUACAAUGGGAUCAUUGAAGUAGAAACUGAGAACGUCUUCAAAUUAGCUGCAAAUGCUUUGCAGGAGGCUAAAGGAGACUUUACGAGUGAUGAAAACACUCGAGCUGAUUUAAAGAAACUACCAACUCUUCCCACCAAAGUACUCAAGGAACACCCAUCUCUUGCAUACUGUGAAGAUCGAGUAAUUGAAUAUUAUAAGCCGCUGAAAGGUGUCUCCAGAGGACAGGCUAUUGUGCAGUAUUUGACGUUAGUGGAAUCGUUGCCAACCUAUGGUGUGCAUUAUUAUGAGGUUAAGGAUAAACAAGGGAUCCCGUGGUGGCUUGGAAUCAGUUAUAAAGGCAUCGGCCAGUAUGAUUUGCAGGAUAAAUUAAAACCUCGAAAGCUGUACCAGUGGAAACAGCUGGAAAAUUUGUACUUCCGAGAGAAAAAAUUUGCUGUAGAAGUCAAUGAUCCACACAGGAGAGCAGUAACCAAACGCACCUUUGGGCAGACGGGCUUACUUAUCCACACGUGGUAUGCCAGCCAUUCUUUGAUCAAGACCAUUUGGGUCAUGGCCAUUAGCCAGCACCAGUUCUACUUGGACAGAAAGCAAAGCAAAGCUAAACUAGGACCAACAAGAAGUUUGGAGGAAAUUGCCAUGGACCUCACAGAGCACGGAGGGGCAAAAGUAAACAGGCUUGGAGAUGUAGGUCUGAAAAAUGACUUCAUAACAGCCAGCAACGGGAGCCUGGUGUCUACAGGUUCUGCGGACUCUGAAAUGAGCGAGGAACAGAAGAAAGAAAAGCUCUCUGAGCUUAGAAAGAAAGAACAGGAGAUCCAAGAUAUUUUGGCCAAAAAAACAAAAGAGCUGAAGAAGAUUUGCCUCAGAGAGGCGGAACUAACUGGCAAGUUGCCAAAAGAGUAUCCCCUCUCCUCAGGGGAAAGACCACCACAGGUCAGACGACGUGUUGGCACGGCAUUCAAGUUAGAUGACCUUUUUCCCUACAAUGAGGAUCCCUUCCUUAGGAACCUGGAGAGCAGAUUUGCCCUUCAACAAAAGAUCGUCGAGGCCGCUAAAAAGCUUGCAAACGAGCCAGAAAUUUGUAAAACAGUCAAGAAGAAGAGGAGGAGAAACUGUCUGGAUGCCAUGCACAAACUCCAACAGAUAGAAGAUGAGAUGAACCAGUACAGAAUCAAAAAGGGGAAAAAGCCCACACAGCGGGCAUCAGUGAUCAUUGCAGAUGAGCUUGUGCGGUCAGACUGUAGCUCUCUGUCUAGUCUCCCUCUGGAUGAUGAUGAUUCAGAUAUUGCGGGUCAAAGACCACGAUCGCGGUCGGUCCAAGGUUCCCCUCAGCUUAGUCCAAUGCGAUCGCUAGGAGCAGAAUACGAUGCAGAGAGACAGGGAUCUUCAACAGGAAACCACAGCAAAAACCACUGCAGAUUAGCUUUUGAUGGCCAGGAGGCUUCACAAUACUACCAGAAUCCAAGAGAAGUCUCCUCUACCCACAGUAGUCCUUUUAAAACCCUUCCCAGACCUCCUAGAGAUCCACGCAGCAUGCCUCCCACCCCGGUUAUGACCCGCAAUGCCUACAGCAGCAGCCAGCUCAGGUCGGAGGGGUCUCCUCAUUGCUUCAGGCAUCGCAGUGGAAGUCUGGAAUCUCAGCCCCGGUUAAGAAAAGACACAGACUCGGAGAAGCCAGUCUUUAUCUUGUCACCAGCUGAACGUAGCAACAGCACGGAGGUGUUAGAAGACUGCUCCUCAUACACCAGCCAGUCCAGUCUGGACUACUGUGGGGCAACUAACUCCCAAUACAAUACACUGGACUCCCGUACCUCAACCAUGCAUCGUCUUCACAGGAAAGUGGCAGCGUAUGGUAACACUGGAAGCAUGCCCAACUUAGUCCAGCACCAUUCUGGUUGUAAUUACUCAUGUGAGACCUCAACACACUACGCGCCCAGUGCCUACUACGUUGCCGGCUACCCCUGCCCGGACAUGGAGCCUUACACUAACGGUGCCUACGUGUAUGAGAACGAAGUCGAAGGCCAUUACAACGUCAACCCGUCCUACCAAAUGAAUGGCUAUCAUGGACAUGAGAGAUUCAGGCACUACAGCAGCGAUGGUGCAGAUAGUCUUUCUCAGAAUCCUUACGCAACAGUGAGGCCGCCACGGAGCAGAGAGAGACCCAGAAAUGAGCUUUUGGCCAAAAACAUGCAUAAGGCUCUGGUGGCAGAGCAUCUGAGAGGCUGGUACCACAGGAACAAAGGCCACAGGGAGGGAGGGAGGGGACUGAUGGCUGGAUAUGACUUUGACAGUGGCUCUCAGCUCAGUCUGGGCUACCAAACCAUGCCUGCAGCCUUCAGCCACUCCAGCAGAACCACCUCUUUCUCUUCAGUGUCCUCAGCAGAGAGCACAGGGAACUGGCGCAACCAGCUGGCGGUCGGCCUGACAGAGUUUGACACACCCGACAUGCCUCAGUACCCUCAACCCGGAGCUCCGUCAUCUCUGUACAACCGCAGUCCCACACAUAACAGUCCUGAAAACAAAGAGUCUGACACAAUACCUAAAAAAUUUGAGUCAGUAGAUGUGGUUGGCCCUGAUACAACUAGUACAGAUGAACCAUCAGACAACCAAUCUAGCACUUAAGGAUAUCGCCUGGAUGGAAGCUACAUGAGCAUCCACUGAAGAGGACCAAACCAAACUUUGGCACAAACAAAGCCAUGGCCAGCAGCACAUGAAGGGAAAAGAAGCCCAAACACAGGCUGUAGUGUACACACACUUCUUCUCAGCCACAAAUGCAGUCUUUGGAGAUAUUCUGUGCUUUAAGUUUUUGCAGAGGCGUACACUGUCCUCAUGUUAAAGUUUGCUCUGAACACUGAUGACACUCUUGAAUGACUUUCCCAUGUGCCUUGGAGUGAAGAAUUGUAGAGGCAGAUGAGAAUGUGUCAAGAUGUUGCACAGUGCACUGGAUUUAAACCAUAUUCUGUAUUAAAGAGAAAAAUGUCAACAUGUAUUUUAACAAGAACUAGCUACUGCCUUAUACAAAAUAGUAGGUUAGAGAAUAAAAAAACAAUCAUCACUUUCAUCUCAUCAUAAAAAUAGUCUUGAUAAUUAUGUGCACAUAUAAAACAAAGUUUAAAACAUGUGACAGGACAAGAGCCGAUUUGAUCAUUAGAGCAAGUUGGAUGAUUUUCUAUUCAUUUUUUAAAUGUUGAAUCAGAAUGAAUUAUGUCAAUAUUGUUUAUAGAGCCAUUUGUCUUGGUGGUGCAGUAAUGUGUUUUAAAUGCAUGGUGAUGAAUCAUUAUUUUUUUUAUUAAAAGAAAAAAAGAAACACUGCCAUAAAAACAACAUCCACAUAUUUUUUCCCACAUAUUUGUACAGUUAGUGUGUAGUAAUAUGUCAUUAGAUAGCAUCAUAAAAUAUUUUCCAUUUUAAAUGAGGAGGUGAAUAAAUACAUGUGCGACACGUAGAUGUUGUUGUCUUUUUGUU